AUGAGCCCUGGCCUAGACAGCGUCUUCACUCCAACGCUUCACCCCGCCGAGGUCCUCCUGGGCGCCUCCGCCUCCGCGGCCGGCGGCAACCCCUGGUGGCUGUACCUGGAACCCGCAUUCAUAAGGGCUAACCCUGGUUACGAGGUGCUCAUCGGCAUGUUCUUCCUGGGCUGCCUGCCCUUCACAAUCGCACUGAACUCACUCGCAUUCACCAUCGCCGCGCUCGCCUGCGCCCCGCGGGAGGGUCGGCUCGGCGGGGAAGCGGGAGCCGCGGCAGCGCCAGAAUCCGCCUCGACCUCGUCUCGGACCCAUGGGUCCCUAUCUUCAUCACCAUCUUCGCCUUGGCCACUUGGGUCGACGUCGCCAGGAGCUGCAGUACGGAACGGCGACGACACGGGAGCAGCGGCGCUCGCUGAUCUCGGAAUACAUGCACUGCCGACGGCCCCGCCGCCGGCGGCAUCGGCGUCGGCGUCGCGGCAUGCAGCCGACGGCGCCGUCACAUCCGCUCCCAAUGCACGGAACUCCGACGUGGCACACUCACCGCUGCUGGACGAACCCCCAGUUACCGUGUCGGCGAUCUCGGCGGCGACGUCGCUGGCGGCGGCGCCACCGCCCUCACCGCCGGCAGCGCUGUUGGACGCUGAUCCCCGGUUAACCACCGCGGGCUCGCUGCUCGGAGUACUGCCGGAGGCGGGUCGGGCCUUUCGCCGCGUUUGGCUGGUGGACCUGCAGUUCAACAUGCGGGCGCUGCCCCUGCAGGGUUUGUGCCUGCUAGUGCUUCCGGCGGUGUGGGCCCUACCGCGACUCAUGAGGAUUCAGCUGGCGCUACCUGCUGCCGUACUGGAAGGCCAAGCAGGGCGUGACGCGCUGAACCGCUCGUCCAGUCUCAUGACAUCAUCACUGGCAGCGUACGGCAUGCCGUUCGCAGCGGUAUUGGCGGCGGGACGGCUUUUGGAAUACAUUCAGGGUGUCGUACUGGUGCUGAUACCGCCACGCUGGUGGCGUGAGGUGGUGGAGGUGCCGCUGCUCAUCGCGGGGGCCUUCCUGCUCCUGAAGGCUGCCGUACACAGGCUCCAGGACCUGCUGCCCCUGGCAGCCUACCUGGAGCUGACACAGCAGGAGCAGGAAGCGGCUAGGAAGCUGCAGCAACAGCAAGUUGUACUCAUGAGGCUGGACGAGCAACAUGCACAGCAGCAGCAGCAGCAGCAAGACCCGCGACAUGGGGCGGCCAAGCAAGCACAACAGCACGCACUGGGGGCAGCAGGCAGUGGCGCCCAGCAGCCGGGAGCACCAGGGGCCCCGGUGGCGGUGGCGGGGACCUAG